AUUACAGAGUAUUAUUAUAUGUGUCAAACAACUUCGAAAAAAGUAUUAGAUGAAGUGCUAAAUAAUAAGGAGAAAAUACAUUGUACUCACUCUUUACCCACUUACGUACGAAGUAUUUUAUUUUAAUAAUUCCUCCAAAGGUUGAACCUCCAAUCCCCAAGACUCCCAUGUCCCUACCUGACAAGGCAUUUGGGAUACUGUAAAUUACGAUAACUCAGUGAGCCUAAUAGUGGUAGAUCUUGUACUUGUGCACACUAAAAGUCCAUCUCAGUACAAAGGGAAUGUAACUUCCACACGACCGGUGCAUGUUUCGAUCAUUAGUCUUUUAUUUUAAUAAAGAAACACUAAACGUAACCUAGUAGUAGGCCAUACUAAUGAAGUACUACUAUAAGGUCAAAACAGAAAAACUAAAACCGGUAGGCUCAAUAAUGCAAGACGUAAGCAUCAUAUUGGACGGUGGCAUCGCCAGUUGUGAUAUUAGACCAGUGAGUCUUGGCCUGAACGUAGCCCCGAGCGAACCUGAAAAGCCCACUGCCGCCGACGAUGGGCAUCUCCCGGACCUUCUUGAACACCGGGUUCCGGCCAACUACAGUGAGAUAGCUGCCAUUGUACUUGCCUUCAAUGAAAGCCAAAUUCAUGACCAUCAAGAGCCCAAACUCGUUCUGAUCUGCCGAAACAUAAAUCCCCUGUGCUCUUCCGACGCACUUAGAGCUCGGGUUUGGCCCGAUGGUAAGCGGGUUGUCGAUUACGUGUGUCAGCCCGAAGCUGAUUAGUCGCGGCGAGUUAUUCACCGCCGGGAUGACUUGGAUCGACGUCGGCUUCGUCCCGCUAACGAUGUCUUGCGAAAACCAUCUGAAAUGACUGGCUUUUUCUUUCUUCAUUCUAAGAGAUUUCCGGUUUAUCUCCUUUCCAAAGAUUUCUUCUUCUCCGGUAGCCGGGGAAGCGAGCAGGAAGAAGAUGAAGAAGAGAAGGGAGAUGGUAAAAAUGGGAUGCAUAAUCGGAUUACUUGCCAUAAUUAAAGAGCUAGCUAGCUUAAUUAUCUUUGGAUCGGUAGUGGGUUUGGACACCA